AUGUUCGACAAGGAGACGGAGGUGAUCGCGCAGGAUGAUCUGGACAUGCAGCGUCUGGGUCAGGCCCAGCAGUUUAAGAGGAACUUCCGUUUCUACUCUAUCUUGGGCUUCACCACCACGCUGAUGGCCACAUGGGAGUCGAUUUUGCUCACAAGUACCUACGGCUUGACCGAUGGCGGCCGGGCCGGCAUGCUCUAUGUGUACCUGGCCUCCUUCAUCGGGUUUUUUGCGGCAGUCAUCUCCAUGGCUGAGAUUGCAUCCAUCGCCCCGACCUCGGCUGGGCAGUAUCACUGGGUCAGUGAAUUUGCCGGUCCGCGGUUCCAACGCUUCCUGAGCUACAUUACCGGAUGGCUGUCGGUGGUCGGCUGGCAGACCGCAUUCGCCAGCAUUUGCUUCCUCUGCGGCACAUUGAUCCAGGGUCUGCUCGUCUUCAACUAUUCGGACCCGUCGGGCUGGGUUUAUGGCUUUGAGCGCUGGCAUGGCACACUCUUGACCAUGGCCAUCGCCGUCGUAGGCACAUUGGUCAACACCUUCGGCGCCAAGUUCUUGCCACCAUUGGAAGGUGUCAUUUUGUUCCUCCACUUGGGCGGAUUUGUCGCCGUCCUGGUUCCGAUCUGGGCGAUGUCUCCGUCGACGGUCUCUUCCCAUGAGGUUUGGACGCAGUUUACGAAUGGGGGAAAUUGGUCGAGCGUGGGUCUGGCAUGUCUGGUAGGCCAGCUGACUCCCAUCUUCUCAUGGACAGGUCCUGAUGCUGCAACGCAUAUGUCCGAGGAGGUUCAAAAUGCCGCUUUGGUUGUUCCAUGGUGUAUGGUGUCGACGGCGAUCAUCAACGGUGCCCUGGGAUUUGUGAUUUUGGUCUCAUUGCUAUACAACAUGGGCCCAAUUCAGGCUGUCCUCAGUCCCGCCAGCGGCUUCUCCUUCAUCCCAGCUGUUCAUCACGCCACUGGCUCUAUUGCCGCCACAAACGGCGUGGCUGCCAUUAUCCUCGUGAUGGAGGUCUGCAGUGCCAUCAGCAUUUUAGCCACCUCUUCACGGCAGACAUUUGCUUUCGCACGCGACAACGCCCUUCCUUUUUCAAAAGCGCUAUCUCGCGUCAAUCGGCUGGCCGGAAGUAGGAUCCCCGUACUAGCCGUGCUGGUUACGACGGUCGUCACCAUGCUGCUGAGCUUGAUCAACAUCGGAUCCACUGCUGCCUUUAAUGCCAUUGCCUCGGUGAUGGUAGCUGCUCUUUUCACCACGUAUAUUCUCUCCAUCGGUGCCCUGAUCCGAGCACGUUUCCAGCCCGGUGGUAUUCCGCCAUCCCGCUUCUCUCUCGGGAAAUUUGGACUGCCACUCAAUGUGUUGUCUGUCGGGUAUCUCAUCUUCGCCAUCACCUUCACCUUCUUUCCGACCGCAUACGGGCCGACCCCUGUGACAAUGAAUUGGUCGAUCUUGGUGUUUGGGUUUACAAUGCUUUUCGCGAUUGGGACUUACUUGGUCCAUGGCCGGAAGACGUAUCAGGCGCCCGUUAUCCACGUGCACCGAGACUAG